AUGCAGUUCGGCAGCCAGCAUAGUUCAAGUAUUGCAAACUGCAUAGCCAGGAAAACCAUCUUGGCCUGCCUUCUUGUUCUUGUCAUUAGCGUGACACUGUCCAAUGCUGCUUGCUUCUUUCAGCCACUGAAUCCAGGGACACCUGAUGAGGAAGUCACAGGCUGCCGUGACUUGGAUGGAGAACUGCACGAAUUUGGUUCCCGCUGGAGGAAUGCGGACUGCUAUGAUUGCUCCUGUUCUGAGACUGGAAUGGACUGCUGCUCCACCCUUGCAAUACCAGUUGCCUAUGAUGAAGAGAAGUGUGUAAAAAUUCUCAACAAGGAGACCUGCUCUUAUAAAGUAGUGGAGAAAGAUGAUCACUCAAAAGAAUGCCUAGUCACUGCAGAGGUGGGCAAAUAG